AUGCCGCCAAUUUGGGAGGUCGUGGGUGGCGCAGACAAGGGUGGCAUCCUUGUGAGACAAGGCAAAGAGCUCACCUCGGAGCCGGAGAGCAGCCGUCUUUCGACAGGCGCACUCAUCCUGGAGAAGGAGAUGCACGGCGAGCGCAUGAGAUACUUCAGGCUGAGUGGCACCGGGCCAGAGGUCGGUUGGGUGAGCCUGAAGGUCAAGGACAAGGCCAUGGUCAAACGCAGGGAAGAGAAGAGGAAGCCACGAGUGCUGGCACUGCAUGGAGCUCCCAGCAACUCCAACAUCAUGAAGUUCCAGACAGGACAGCUGCGGAAGCUGGCUGGUGAGGACUUCGAGUGGCUGUUUGUCGACGGCCCUUGCGCCUGGAAACCGCUGCCAGGUUCAAAGCUCAUGAACCUGGCAGAGCGCACCCCAGUGGAAAAGGCAAUCGCCAAAGACAAGCCUUUCGUCCAGUGGUACUCACAUCCUGAGCUUUCUCCAGAGGAGACGGCGGCAGGCAAGGGAUACGAAUUGGAUGUGGAUUUCGACAAUGUCCAAUACGAGAAUGUGGACGAAGGCGUGCGAUUCCUGGACGAGUUCCUCAAAUCAACCUCUGCAUGCUCUUACCGACUAGUACUGCGAGAGACUCUUUUCGCGAUGUGUGUAUCAGUGCAAUUCAUGAAUGCCGGUGUUGCAGUACUGAGUACUUUGGAAAUUUUGAUUAGCGCUGCGACUCCUAUCCUGGGUGCCGCUUGUCAACCUUUUUUCAGGUCAUGGCUGAAGUAG